CGCACUAGUUCCACAACUCGAAUGUCACACACGGAUACCGAAUCCGACGGUGGAAUGGAUCUCGGUGAUGUCUUCACUGAGCCCCCGAGACCACCAUCGCCAGAACCUACAACGGCCGUUUAUACUCGAGAACGCUCUGAUCAGACCGAUUGGACGACAAUCAAUCUGCGCUUAGUUGGCUCGCAUCCUCUAUGGGCACAUUAUCUUUGGAAUGCGUCGCUUGCUUUCGCGUCGUACCUCGAUGAGCAUGAUGCUCUUUAUCGCGAUCGCUUCGUCCUGGAGCUCGGCGCAGGCGGCGGACUGCCAAGCAUAGUAACUGCCAAGAACGGGGCCCGGAAGGUGGUGAUUACUGACUAUCCAGAUCAAGCGCUGAUAGACAAUUUAUCUUACAACGUCAGCCAAAACCUUGGGGAGACCGAGAACGACGGUGUUGCUGUGCAGGGUUACAUCUGGGGACAUCCUAUUGAGAAGUUGCUCCAGCUGCUUCCAGACAAUGAGCCGGAGCGUGCAUUCGAUCUGAUGAUAUUGUCCGAUCUCAUCUUCAACCAUUCUCAACACGACGCGAUGCUCAAGACAUGUGACCUUGCUCUCGCGAAAUCAAGACCCGCAUGUGUCUUGGUCUUCUAUUCUCAUCACCGACCACAUCUCGCACAUCGCGACGUGGAGUUCUUCAGGAAGGCGCGGGAGAACGGCUGGACCUGCGACGAAAUUUUGACACGAAAAUACCCUCCUAUGUUCCCCGAAGACCCGGGAGAGGAAGAGGUGCGAGCGACAGUACACGGAUGGCGGUUGACCCGGGCGUCUUAGCUCUCGUGGACCGUUUCCCCUCACGGACCGUAAUGUAUCA